CACUAAAAAAUAUCUCAGGCUAUAGAACCAUAAGCUUCAUGACCAUCCAUUUCUUUUGGAUAAGAUAUAUGGUCAAUUAAAUAUCUCCAUUAAUUCCAAAGAAUAAUGAACAACUAAAACACAUUCAUAGAAGCCAUGAAAACUCUCAUAUGUGCAUCAAACCCAAUUCUCAAUCUCUCAAAAUCCACUCCAUGGAAACCAAAGUUCCCAUCUUUUCACCCUUAUCAGAACCACCCCUCAUUAAGCACAUUAAAGCCACAUGCAAGUGCCAAAGGCUUCUCCACUAGACCUUCAAACGUUGAAAAUGAUGUCAUCAAAACCGAUACUAGGAAACCCAACAGAGGGAAAAACAAUGAAGAUGAUGAGCUUCCAAAGGAAGUUAUGUACAGGGUAACAGGUAGAAUCUUGUUUUGUGUAGGAGUACCAAUGGGGUUGGGUUUGGCCUUCUUGCACCUUUUUGGUGAACUUAAGGAAAGACAAGUGUGGGAUGCGCCACUAUGGGUCCCGUUCUUGACAACAUUAUUAACUUUUGGGGCUUCCACAAUUGGGAUUGCAUAUGGGGCACUAUCUACAAGUUUGGAUUCAGAGAAGAAAGGUUCUUUUCUUGGGCUGGAACAAGUUCAAAACAAUUGGGUAGAAAUGUGGAAAGAAGAUAGUGAAAGCUAGACUAAGAUGAUGAUCAUAAUUUUGUAUUAUGGGUUUACAAUGUUGCAAGAUAUUAAUUAUAUUGUGUACCUCAAGUGAUUAUUAUGCACCAUUUCAAAAGUGAGAA